AUGAACGGGAUCAAGAGAGCCAUGGCUACAAUAACUACUGCAGAGAUUCCGACCUUAUCACUCCUCUACCACUCGAAAAAACUCCUACCCGCGACCGUCGACUCGGCCUCCGAGGCACCCAUAUCCAAACCAUCCGAGUCCUUCAACGACCGCGUCGGUCUGAUCCGAGGGGAUAUCACAAAACUUGGAGUCGAUGCUAUCGUUAACGCAGCCAACACGCAACUGCGGGGCGGAGGGGGCGUUGAUGGGGCGAUACACAGAGCUGCAGGACCCGAGCUGCUGAAUGAGUGCCGGGCACUGAGAGGCUGCGAAACUGGGUCCGCCAAAAUCACGAAUGGGUACAGGUUGCCGUGCAAGAAAGUCAUUCAUACUGCUGGGCCAAUCUACAACCUACACUCCAAGGAGGAGAGUGCGAGAGACUUGGCAGGGUGCUACACAACAAGCUUGCAGUUGGCGGUGGACAAUGACUGCAAGAGCAUCGUUUUUAGUUGCGUGAGCACCGGGGUCUACGGCUAUCCAAGUCAUGAUGCUGCGUCUGUUGCUGUUGGAACAGUGAGGAAGUUCUUGGAGGGCGAGCAGGGCGAUAAGUUGGAGAAAGUGGCCUUCUGCACCUUUGUCCAAAAGGAUGUCGAUGCUUACAACUACUGGUUGCCCCGCUUUUUCCCAGCUGUAGAAACGGAGGUUGAGAGUGAUUGGGAGGAGGUAGAGGCAGGUAGCUCGGCGGAGAACGGUCCUGCUACCUAG